AUGGGUACUUCAACAAGAUCAUGUUCAGUGAUGAUCAUAGUUCUGUCAAUCAUGCUGUGCAUCAGCAUGUGUGAUGCAUUUCCAUGGUGGCCAUUUAACAGAACAAAAGUGUAUAUCUACAAUUACAUUGGGAAGAAUGCAAGCCUUCUGGUUCAUUGCAGAUCUGUAGACGAUGAUCUUGACGAGCACUGGCUUUCUCCAGAUCCAACGCAGGGUUGUAUGAUUAAGUUUUAUCCAAUGGCUUUUGGUAACACACUGUUCUUCUGUGGGUUUACAUGGCCUGGUCAGUUCAAAUGGUUCGAUAUCUACAAGACCAAGGCCAUAGGUCUUUGA